AUGGCACCCGCUGCUAACGAGACGACCGAGAAGGACGAACUAUUCGCAACACGCAACGCGUCAGACUCACCUGUAUCGCCCAAGACAUUACUGCCCAAGACAGCAUCGCCAGCUCCGCCUAACACAGAUGGCUUGGACUACUCAGAUAGCGAGGAAGGGAAGGAAGACACAGAAGAGAGAGACCGGCGGAGUCUGGCGGACGAGCUGCCCUACCCUCGUGGCUGCGAGGAAGGAGACACGGAAGCGUCGGUUGGUGAGGUCCCACAGCAGCGUGACUCUUUGAAGCAUGCCACGGUUUUGACGCAGGAAUUCGAUUUGCUGCGCAGAAAGAGCUCUGUUCUGGAGAAGAUCGAGAAGUUUGAGAAAUUCGAGGACACUUUGAGGAACGCAAAGAUCCCACGGCCUUUGAAGGUUAGUAGAAAGGACAACGCUCCAGAACGAGGCAUAACUCUCAAGCAGGGCGUAUCAGAGCCAGGUCUCCUUCCUCCUCCGCGGCCAGAGGAUCAUGCGCCCGAGAAAGCUGUAGGGAAGAAUACAUCUCAUCCAUCCAACUCGGCACAACAUCCCGACAAGUGGAGCACAUGGCUGAGGUCGACAUGCAGCAACCUCAGCUUCCCUGCGGAACCCUCCAUCUUCACUGUGGAUCAGAACACCUCGACGAACGGUCACAUUGUCAGCCUUCUUGGACCCACACCACUCUUCCUCGCCGCUAGCCCGGAAGCCGGCCUGACAUCGCUGCGAUACAUACUCACCUUCCUACCCGCGACGCACAUCCCCACGAAUCUCAAAGUGAAGCUGUCUCAAGGGCUGAGCGAUGCCGAGAUGGCCAUGUUACGAGCCAACGAGAAGAGAAACAAGGCUCGAGCGCAAGGCGAUCACCGCAUCUUCAAUGGCCUCAACUCCGCGACGAACACCUCGCGCGCAUACAACCCACCCAUCUACCCACCAGCACCGAACGACCUCGUCGUACUUGCAUCACCUAGCAGCUGCACGCUCUCGGAGGAGCUUUGUUUCGUGAGGGAGCUGUACCAUUACGCAGAACAACAUUGCCGAAGAUGGGCACGAUAG